AUUUAAUUUCAUUCCAUAUUUCCUUCUAUAUUUAAUAAUCAAAUAUCUUCAUCAAUUCAGAAAAGAAAUAAUUGACUUAUUUAAUUUUUAGCAGAUACAGUAUUACUAUAAAUUAAUAUGGAUAAACAUAAUAGUUCUGAGAUAUUAAAUUCGGACUACUCACUGUCCAAAAAUGCUAGCUCCGACUCCCUGGAUUCAGAUUCUAAAUCAAGUUCAUUGAAUUCUAAACACGGACAAGACUCCCCCCAUGUGUUGGGUGAUAUUCAAUUUUUGAAUAGUGAGAAGUCAAAGAGAAUGGCUCAGGAUGUUACAUAUUUAUGUCCAUUUAAUGGUCCAAUACGUGGUGUGCUACAAAUUACCAAUUACCAGUUGCAUUUUCGCCCGAUUGAACCCUCAUCAUUGCAUAGCACACUGAGUGUUCCACUCGGUGUAAUAUCUCGUAUCGAAAAGGUUGGUGGUGCCACAUCUAAAGGAGAGAACUCAUAUGGGAUUGAAAUAUUUUGUAAGGACAUGAGAAAUUUGCGGUUUGCACACAAACAGGAAAAUCACUCAAGGCGUGGCAUAUUCACCUAUUUACAGCAAUUAGCAUUCCCUCUGUCUCAUGGUUUACAACUUUUUGCAUUUAGUUACUCCGAGACAUUCCAAGAAGAUGGAUGGCAUGUUUAUGAUGCUAUUGGAGAACUGAGGAGAAUGGGUGUAAACAAUGAUAUGUGGCGAAUAACUCGUAUUAAUGAUAAGUACGAAGUUUGUGACAGCUACCCUGCCGUGUGGGCGGUGCCUACUGCGGCCACCGACGAUUUGAUUCGAUCUGUGGCAGCGUUCCGCUCCCGGGGUCGUAUCCCGGUGCUAUCUUGGAUACAUCCCAGUUCGCAGGCUACAAUCACUCGGUGUAGCCAACCUUUAGUUGGGGUAAGCGGCAAACGAAGCCGCGAGGAUGAACGCUAUGUGCAACUUAUUAUGGACGCGAAUGCACAAGGAAAUAAACUUUUCAUAAUGGACGCGAGACCAAGUGCUAACGCCAUCGCGAACAAAGCCAAAGGAGGAGGUUACGAGUCAGAAGAUGCAUACCAAAAUGCUGAACUAGUGUUCUUGGACAUCCACAACAUUCACGUCAUGAGAGAGAGUUUACGGAAACUGAAGGAGUUGUGUUUCCCACAAAUUGAUCAGACCAGAUGGUUCAGUGGAAUUGAAGCUAGUUGUUGGCUGAAACACAUCAAAUGUAUAUUAGCCGGAGCUGUUCGCAUUGUAGACAAGGUGGAGAAUCACAAAACAUCAGUACUGGUACACUGUUCGGACGGAUGGGAUCGCACCGCUCAGCUCACCGCACUCGCCAUGCUUAUGUUAGACCCUUACUACCGCACCCUCAGAGGAUUCGAAGUACUUAUUGAGAAGGAGUGGCUGUCAUUUGGACACAAGUUUCAAUUGCGUAUUGGGCACGGCGAUGAGCGUCAUUCAGAUGCGGAUCGUUCGCCCGUUUUCGUUCAAUGGGUGGAUUGCGUGUGGCAACUCCAGCAACAAUUCCCCACCGCAUUCGAAUUCACCGAGAGACUGCUCAUCACUAUUGUCGAUCAUCUCUACUCAUGUCGAUUUGGAACAUUCCUCUUCAACACUGAACGGGAGCGAGUUAAAGAAGAGGUGAAAACAAAGACGGUGUCGCUAUGGUCAUAUAUAAAUAGCAAUCAGGAUUUGUAUCUAAAUCCGCUAUAUUGGGGACCUUCUACUUUCGGCGCCGGUUCGCCGCCAUCGCCGUAUUCCCGGCCGCAGGGCGUCCUAGUGCCUGUAGCUUCGCUAAGGCUUAUUAAGUUAUGGAAAGCGCUUUAUUGCCGAUGGAAUCCUACAAUGAGGCAACAGGAUCCAAUUUACCAACGUACCCGCGAGCUGGUGGCGUUACGAGCUCAACUAGAAGCAGCGGCUGCCGCAGCCGCAGGCGACCACGCGGCGCGCCAACAAAGACUAGGACUCACCCCGCCCAGAGUUGCCAGUCCUCAUCACGUCUGAGAAAUGUACAUUUAGUGUGUUGCAAUUGUUUACCUUGGGCCAUGGAGUAAAUGUCUGUAUAUUGUAGUAUUAUCUUUAUACAUUGUACCAAAAUAAAUACAUCUCUUGCAAUUUGUACUAUUGUAGAGAUAAAAAUUAUACACAAAAAUAUUCCAAUGAAGAAUUUUAUAUAUAAGAAGAAUUAAUAGCUUUUAGAAAAUGUCAAAAUAGUUCAAUACGUAAAACAAGUUUUUUAGAUGGUUGACAUUUUUAUAAAUGUGAAGGGGAGGCGUUCGAUUAUACACAUCCAGUUUUAUACUGGAUAUGAGACAUGUAAAACUUGUAAUAUGUAUGUGAAUAUAUUACAAAUUGUUUUCAAAAAGGAUAAUAGAUAAAAAUCCAGUAAUAAGAAAAGUAAUCAUAAACGCGGUAUUAAAUUCUAAUAUUUUAAAAUAUAUAUAACGAAAGAGGUACACUGCCUUUAGUAAGUUAAUGCGCUGGUGCAGACGGCAUUACACUUAAAAGUAAGUUAUAUAACUAAAAUAAUUACAUAUAAAUGUGGAAUAGUGUAAACAAGUUAUAUAGUAAUUAGUGUUUUAUUAUACGCCUAUAUUUCAUAUGUUAAAUUUAAAUAAAUGAUUAAUUUUCUUAUUAAAAUAGUAUGAGUAGUGUGGCGAUAAUUUACGUUGUUUAAAAUAUGUAGAAUUACUUGCCAAAUUAAUAGUCCACCUCGUGACUUAACUAAUAGAUUUUUAUUAUUUAAUUACGAUAAAUAUAUCAGCUGUAAAAUCUAUCUAGUUCCAUAUGUAUGACAUUCAGAGAGCUGUGGACUUGUUCCGCGUUUUUUAAAUUGUAUUGUUAGGUAAAAAUAUAUUAUGUGUUUUUCUUUAUUAUUAGACUUAUUGAAGUAUUGUCUCUCUUGAAAAUUAUUUGUAUUAACGGUUACUUUUUUCAAGCAAAUAUGGUAGGAAAUCGUAUAAUCUAUGAUAUUACGAGAAUGUAUAGUGCAGUAUAAUAUUAAAAAACUUAAGUAUAGAUAUUUUUUUACAGUCUUGUAGGUAUUAUUAUUGUUUAUAAUAGUCAUAUAAUAUCUCCCUUUGUUUAACACGCUACUUAUCAAUAUUAUAUUUCAGAAUUUCUUUGUUAAUUAGUGUUAAAUAAAACGACAUUUGUACAGUUAACAAAACAACUCUCGUCCACAAAUAAUAUAUUUUUAUUUUUGUGAUCACGACAUUUUAAUUCUGUAAUAGUUUCCAUUAAAAUUCGUAGAUAGUAAUACGUUUAAAAUCGAUGUACUUAUCGAUAUUUAAUUGUCUCCUAGUGACUAAAAUUAUAAACAAAUUGUAUUCAUAUUAUAAUAAUAGUAUUAAUAAUAACCCAAGAAAGUUCACACAGCGUCAUCUAGUCUCAAACUAAGUUAACUUGUACUUUACAUACUAACCAACUGAUAGAAAUAAUUAAAUACUUUUUGUAAAUGCGAGGUAUCGAACCCGCGACCUUCGCAAGUAAAUCGGCGUAUAACUAAUGUACUUUUAAAGUUGUUAAUUAAUACUUUAUUGUAUGUUUUAUUCAAAAUCGCUCUACAGACAAUAAUAGAUCAUACGAAAUUAAACUUACAUCUUAAUACCUUAAGAGAUAAAUUGUAAAACAAUAUUGAUCCUUCGAUACGCUAACGGUCACGGUUAUAAAUUUGUAAAUGUAAAGAUGAUGCAAAGUAAAAUUUUAUAGUAUAUUUUUGUAUACUAAUCAUUGUGUUUUCUGUAAGCAAGAUAUAUUAUUAUUUGUACAUCCAUUCAUUUUAGGUUUAUGGUUAUAAAAUUA